CACUGCCACGAAGCUAAUUGAUGCUGGCCGUUUAUUGUUUUCCCCACACCAUAUUUCCAGGAGCCAUCGUCGAUACCCGGAACUCUGGUUAGAGCUCUAGCCCCCAUAACAAGCUGAUCUAGCUCUGGAGGCGGAGUUGCAAACAGCUCGCCUCUGAUAGGUUGUCGCUCCCACGCUUUCCUGGAAAGUGCGCUUCUUGGAAUCGUUGUGCCGUGUACUGAUCCACUGGGACGGUGAACGGGACAGUAGGGCCUUUUCAUCCGUGCCCAUCACAAAUUCUCGUGUUAAAAUGUACAUGUAUAUUACGACUGUAUCACAAAAAUGUGAAAUAAACACGAUUCACCAAUGGACCGACAUGUAAGUUAGGCGCUCGCACCGGCGGUGUUGGCUGCACUUAUGAAGCGUCAGCGGAGCCAGUGGCGUCAUCGAGCGAUUCUCAGAAAACACUUCUAAGAACAAAGCUGAAUUAGACAAGCCAAAUCCACAAAGCCACUUGAAGCACCCUUGUUUAACAGCGCUGUCAACUGAGCUCGCCACAGUACUCAGACAUUCGCCGGAGACACAACACCGAAGUCGUUCUUUUUUCAAACAUCUUUUAGUUUCUUGUUUGGACCAUUUCGACCAAUACUUCCUAUUCGGGUUACGGUGAUCUGCGUUUGCCUGUAAAGACUAUAUCCGUUAUAGUUUACAUUAAUUCCAAACCAGGGGAACAACGAGUCUGCUUCGAGGAAUACUUGAGGUGCUCUUGUGAUUCAACAGCUUUCUUCCUCAUUAUGAUUCUUUGCGUCCAAAGCCCAAGACCGAUACUUCCAGACACACCCACGGUGGUACCGCUGGGGAUGUCGACUCCAAGCUGUCUCCACAGCGCCCCUCCGCAGUGGGACCCUCGGAAAGACCUCCGGGCCAUAGCAAGCACCUUCUGCUACCUCGAAACCUCAGGCUGGUACUGGGGUGGCAUGACAGCCAGUGAUGCCCAGGCGGUACUACAGGCCGCAUCGGAGGGCACAUUCCUGGUCCGGGACAGCAGCCACCCCCUCUACAUGCUGACGCUGUCCGUGCGGACAAAGCGGGGCCCCACCAACGUGCGCAUCGAGUACAGCUGCGGCCGCUUCCGGCUGGACUCCAGCUCGCCGGCCCGGCCGCGCCUCCUCUCCUUCCCCGACGUGCCCAGCCUGGUGCAGCACUACGUGUCGUCGGGCCGCGACACCAACACCACCACCCCUCCUACUCCCUCUACCGAGGACAGACAGACACAGCGGGACACUGGCAACGAGGAGCAGGGGCACAACAACAAGGCCAAGGACGGGGACAAGGAGCAGCAGAGGACGGGGAAGGUGGUGGCGGAGGGGGAGAGCUCUCCCGCUUUGCCCGACGGAAGGGACAAUGGUGUACUACUGAAGCUGAGGAGGCCCCUGUGCAGGCCGCAGUCCUUCCCCAGUCUCCAGCACCUCACACGCCUCACCAUCAACAAACACAUCGACAGCACCAGCAGCAGCAGCAGCAGCAUCAGCAGCAGCACUGCACAGCUGCCCCUGCCUGGACCUCUAAUACGCUACCUCCAGGACUACCCCUUCCGGCUCUGACCUGCCCUCCAAACACCCAAGGAAACGGGCCUAGUGAUGGGCACAAAGGAUUGUUGUUGGAUUGAGGCCACUGUGGUGGCACGAAUGGUGCAUAGUGCACUGCCAAUGGAGACCUCGCAGGUGACGUCACCCAAGAUGUGGUGACAAGAGACGGAGGUUUUCCUGCCAGACAUGAGACCAGGACAAUGCAGAGACAAAGAAAAGAACAAAAAAACAGAAGGGGAACAGAUACAGACUGGGAGUGUCCUCCUUGAAAUGUGAUGGCCUUUGAACGGAACAAGGCGGAACAUGUUGUGUGUGGAGAGAUGCACAGGCAUAAUAGGGACUGAUUGAACUUGUGGAGCUAUACCUCAUACAGUGCACUCCCUUGGGGGAGGUAUAACUUCAGAUAACACUGAGGUACUUUUCCCUCCUCCUCCUCCUCCAAAAAAGACAAUUACAUAUUUCUGUGGAUCCAAAAGGAUGGAGGUCCAUUUUUUUAGAACAAUAAUUGCCACUAUGUGGAUUGUUUGUAUAUAUUUAUAGAAUCAAGUCAUUGUGUUUUUAAAAAAAUGAUAAAUAAAUGGUUUAAGAAUA